AUGAAGGUCACCAAAGAAGAUCUGGAGCAGCAGAGACUAUUGCCGAAUCGUGGAGAGCACACGGCAACGAUGGAAAAUGAGGUCACACACAGUUCAUGCUCGACCCGGAGACGACCGCCACUGGUGCCUCUUCUCCUGGUAAUAGGGAUUUUCUCUUUAUUACUGCUCCCAAGCAGAAGCGCGGUCGGGUGUCAUAAACUACCUACAGCCGCACAAUCUACAUACAACUCAACUGCAACACCAUCAGACCACCGCCACCACCACCACCACCACUCCAGCGUUUCUUUGCUCUCUGAUGUGUGGGCACCAGAGACCGCGGCAAAAAGCAAGGAGUCAUCAUCCACUCCACAUCUGGGGCGCAUAGUCUCAGCUAUUCGCAAUGCUGCUGCAAGUGCACUUGUACACAAACGGCAGCUUGGGAUUCCAGGCCUUCCCGGGAUUCCAGGCCUCCCCGGGCUUCCAGGGCUCACGACCCCGCUGCGGUCGGUGCUGCAGUGCUUUGAGGUUUCCCAGCCGGUUCUUACGCCGGCAGGUAGUACUCGACCCGGGAAUGCGCCAUGCUCGGCUCUGCUUAUGGAACACGUCUUUGCCUUCAGCUACGGCAAGCCUUUUAUUGGAAACUACACGCCUCCCAACUGCGACUUCAACCGGGUAGUCAUGAACUUCAGUGUGGUGUCAGCAGGGAGACAGUUCGACCGCCUUGCGCUUAUGUACUUGGGCGACACAGAAGUCUGGCGGACGUCGACAGCCGAGCCCACGGCCUCUCCAGGUAUUCACUGGGAGUACCACAAGGAUAUGACGCAGUACCUAUCCCUCUGGAAGAAGCCGCAGACGGUCAUCUUUGACCUUGGCAAUCUGAUCAAUGCCAAUUACACGGCUUCCUUCAACACCACCUUGACGGCCACCUUCUUCAAGGAUGACGUUCGGACGGCGACCGCCCCGCCCGCCGAUGUGAUCCUCCCCAUCACUACUCUCAACUACAGCAGGAAGGAGGGUGCGCCACUCAGCGUCUUCCUUCUCCCGGGAAUGAACGCCAGCACCACCGUGAAGUCGUUUCCCCGCAAUGCCAACCGUGCCGUGCUGUCGAUCCAAGCCAACGGCCAAGCGGCGGAGGAGUUCUGGUGGUCGAAUUUCCUACAGAGCGACGUGGCUACCUUCAACUCCACCAACGGCAUGGCCCCGGGUAUGAGCCCCUUCCGCGAGGUUGCCGCCAUGAUCGAUGGCAAAGUUGCCGGUUUUCAAUGGCCAUUCCCUGUCAUCUUCACUGGAGGAGUAGUUCCCACAUUACACCGGCCAGUGGUUGGCCUGCAAGCUUUCAACCUUCGCGAGCACGAGAUUGACAUUACGCCAUGGCUUCCGCUCCUGUGUGACGGGAAUUCCCAUACUUUUUCCUUUGACGUAAGAGGAUUAUUGGAUGACAACGGUAAAAGCGGCACCUUGUCCAACAAUAUCUCCAGCAAUUGGUACAUUACCGGCAAAGUCUUUGUCUGGCUGGAUGAUGAAGGUUCCAUCACUACAGGCAGCAUCCCCGAGAUCCAAGGCGUGGACCCCUCGAUCGACAUCUCGCAACACUCCAUAGGCCGGGACCAGCGGGGUCGCAACCAGACUCUGACUUAUAAUGUCGCCGUCAAGCGCGAUUUUACCGUCAAGUCAACCGUAAAGACUCAAAAGUCGAGCUUCCAAUCCGCCUGGAGACAGCGUUUAUCCUACGACAACAAGAACAACGUCACCAACUACGGCCAGGACCAGGUCACCAAAUUCGACAUUCAGGGAUCCGACAGUGCCUUGUCCGACGAGAAAACAAUCUACGGGCAGGAUUACGAGUAUCCGCUGUCCGUCGACAUGCGGGUCAACAACUCCCCGCAGACGGGCACCAUGACGCUGAGCGCGGGCAUGCACCAGGGCAUGACGUUCCAGAUCGCCGGCAGAUCCGUCUUCCCAGAUGGGCUGGAGGCGUUUGCGGGGACGCGCAACGACAAGAACUUUAGCUCGAGCAUCCUCUCGACCUACCGCGACGGGUCGGCCACUUUCCAGCAGAUCAACAUCCCCGGGCGGCCGUCCACCUCGACAGGCUCCGGGAACAUCAGGCAAGAGUUUUCAUUUGGGGGCAACUUUGAACGGUACCCAAACAUAUUCAACGCCACGGGCGUCGGCUCGCAGCCGGACGUGAUGCUGUACUAUCGCAACCUGACCGUCGCCAACAACGCCGUGACGCGCGAUCGCGAGACCGUCGCCGGUAGGAGGAACGGCGAGGCCUCGUCUGAUACUUCUGCUGCCCCGUUGGUAGGCAGGAACGUCGAGCCUGAACCGGCGCCGAAUCAGGUCUUUUUCGACUCGGCAUCCUCCGGGGGCGAGUUUGCCCCGGCGAGGUUUCCGAGAGCUGCCGAGUUUGGCGUUGGAUAUGCCGCGUUUUUGGCAAGGCGGUGGCGGUAA